AUGGCCGACACCAACCCCGGAAACUUUGCCAACCGUCCCACUGAGGAGGUUCGCGAGAUCGCUGCCAAGGGCGGUCAUGCCAGCCACGGCGGCGGCAUCCCGCAGGAAGUACCAAGCGGCAACACGAACCCUGGUAACUUUGCGAACCGACCCACGGAGGAGGUUCGUGAAAUUGCGGCCAAGGGAGGUCACGCCAGCCAUGGCGGCGGAAUCGAGGCCGAGACCCACUCGGGCACCGGCAACACCAACCCCAGCAACUUUGCCAACCGACCCAAGGAAGAGGUUCAAGAGAUCGCAGCCAAGGGCGGGCAGGCAAGCCACACCGGGGGCUUCGCCAGCAUGGAUGCCGACAAGCUGCGCGAGGUUGCUUCCGAGGGCGGCAAGGCAUCGUCCGGCUCGUUUGAGCCCGGCUCUGAGAAGGCGCGCGAGGCGGGACGCAAGGGCGGUCUCGCGGGUGGAUCAGACUGA